AGGAGGCGCCGAGCGGGCCGGGCGGCGCCGCGGGAGGUUCUGGAAACGCCAGGAGCGGCGCGUGUCCAGCUGCAGAGACCUGUGGUAAUUAAACUAAUUCAACAAACGGACUCUUCUGUGUGCCAGAAGCUGCAAGGAGUUGCUAGUCCAGUGGGGCAGGCGGACUGGAAGACCGGGAAGGUCCAGGCUCAGAGCAGUGUGUGGACGCAAGGUGAUGAGGAAGUGACACUUUAGGGGAUAGCUGCCCACGGAUCCUAUCCACAAAAGCCUGGAGUGAGAAGAUAGUGCCUGGUAUUGUGCCCUGCAUGAGAAAGGUGCUCAGUGAACCGUUGCAGCAUGAGUGUGGAUCAGGUCACUUCCUGUCUCAAGUGUUGCUGGGCAGCGCAGGGCACAUGACUGACCUGAUUUAUGCAGAGAAAGACUUGGUGCAGUCUCUCAAGGAGUAUAUCCUCAUGGAGGAAGCCAAGCUCUUCAAGAUUAAGAGCUGGGCUGACAGAAUGGAAGCCCUAACUAGCAAGUCGGCUGCUGAUCCUGAGGGCUACCUGGCCCACCCUGUGAAUGCCUACAAGCUGGUGAAGCGGCUGAACACAGACUGGCCUGCGCUAGAGGACCUUGUCCUGCAGGACUCAGCUGCAGGUUUUAUUGCCAACCUCUCAGUGCAGCGGCAGUUCUUCCCCACUGACGAAGAUGAGAUGGGAGCUGCUAAGGCCCUGAUGAGACUUCAGGACACAUACAAGCUGGACCCAGACACAAUUUCCAGAGGGGAUCUUCCAGGAACCAAGUACCAGGCAAUGCUGAGUGUGGAUGACUGCUUUGGAAUGGGCCGCUCGGCCUAUAAUGAAGGGGACUAUUAUCAUACGGUGCUGUGGAUGGAGCAAGUGCUAAAGCAGCUGGAUGCUGGGGAGGAGGCUACUACACCCAAGUCCCAGGUGCUGGACUACCUCAGCUAUGCUGUCUUCCAGUUGGGUGACCUGCACCGUGCCCUGGAGCUCACCCGCCGCCUGCUUUCCCUUGACCCAAGCCAUGAACGAGCUGGAGGGAAUCUGCGGUACUUUGAGCAGUUGCUAGAAGAAGAAAGAGAAAAAAUGUUAUCAAAUCAGACAGAAGCUGAACUAGCAUCCCAGGAAGGCGUCUACGAGCGGCCUGUGGACUACCUGCCCGAGAGGGAUGUGUACGAGAGCCUCUGUCGUGGGGAGGGUGUCAAACUGACACCCCAGAGGCAGAAGAGGCUUUUCUGUAGGUACCACCAUGGCAACAGGACACCACAGCUGCUCAUUGCUCCCUUCAAAGAGGAGGACGAGUGGGACAGCCCUCACAUCGUCAGGUACUACGAUGUCAUGUCUGAUGAGGAAAUCGAGAGGAUCAAGGAGAUUGCAAAACCCAAACUUGCACGAGCUACUGUUCGUGAUCCCAAGACAGGCGUCCUCACUGUUGCCAGCUACAGGGUUUCCAAAAGCUCCUGGUUGGAGGAGGAUGAUGACCCUGUUGUGGCCCGAGUAAAUCGUCGGAUGCAGCACAUCACAGGGUUAACAGUAAAGACUGCAGAAUUAUUGCAGGUUGCUAAUUAUGGAAUGGGAGGACAGUAUGAGCCGCACUUCGAUUUCUCUAGGAACGGUGAGCGAGAUGUUUUCAAGCAUUUAGGGACUGGAAAUCGUGUGGCCACAUUCUUAAACUAUAUGAGCGAUGUAGAAGCUGGAGGUGCCACUGUCUUCCCUGAUCUGGGGGCUGCAAUUUUGCCUAAGAAGGGCACAGCUGUAUUCUGGUACAACCUCCUACGGAGUGGGGAAGGUGACUACCGGACGAGACAUGCUGCCUGUCCUGUGCUUGUGGGCUGCAAGUGGGUCUCCAAUAAGUGGUUCCAUGAACGAGGACAGGAAUUCUUGAGGCCUUGUGGAUCAACGGAAGUUGACUGAUGUCCUUUUCUGCCCCUCCCCUUCCUGGUCCCACAGCCCGUGUCACCUUCCAGUUCAGUGUGACAGACUCCUUUGAAUGUUCCAGCUCCUAUCAGGUCUUUGGAGGAGUGAAUGUGUGGAGCGGAGGGAGAGUGUACUGGGGCAGGUCCUGUGUGACCCGGGUCCCAGUCUCUCUGGCCCCAAGGGUAGGAUCAGAGUGGCUGCAGCAGUCAGGCUGUCUGACGUGAAGCAAGAUGCCUUUGUACCUCAGAUGUUUUAGGUGUGAAAUAUUUCAAUGAACCAAAGUUUUGAUGCCUUGUUUACAUGUUUGUUUUAUGGCAUUUCUAUGAAUUGUGGCUCUAACCAAAAAAUAAAAUGUCCCUGCCAGAAGCCUUAA